AUGCCAUCUGCCAGGCAUCACUUGACACUCGGAAAGGAGGAACGUUCGCUUCGUGGCUGGCCUCUUCGAGCUCGCAUAGCUCGCGUGGGGUUUCGGCGCUUUCUCUUUCCGCGGAGCUUCUAAGCGUACCCGCCCGGGCCCAAGUACCUCACCUGAGUCGCUUCGACACCCACUCGGGCAAAAAGCCAGCUCCAGCAACAAGUAAGUCAAGGCAGGCGCACCGACACAGAGCAGCGUGCAUGCGAAGGGAAGAGGGAGGAGCAGCCGCAUGGCAGAACAGCUGCCCUUCGUGGCGGUGCAUUCUCGCACUCCUCCCUCCUUUUCUCGUCCCGUGAUGCGAUGCGUUGGGCUGCAGGAUGUUGGCUCUCAUCGACAAUCUCCAGUAUGGAGCCUUCCGUGUUGGGACGCUGAUGGUGGCGCUGACCACGGUGGCGUUCUACGGCAUGUACUGGGGCAUUAGCCCCAGCGGCGAGCUCUACAGCGUCUUCAAGACACCUCUCGAGGAGGGGGCUCUCGACACGGCCGACGAGCGGGACAAGUACGACGCACUCAGCAACAAAGCCGUCGAGGCCUUCGACAUGGUCAGCCAGAUAGGGGCGAGAGACAUGACACAUACUCCUCUGGCCCACGGAUGCAUCUGUGUGUGUGCUGGUGCGCUAUGUGCUGGUGUGAUGUGAUGUGAUGUGAUGUGUGUGCAUUAGGGUGUGAUUGGGUUCCCCAUCAUCCUGUCGCUGUGUCUCAUCGGCAACUUCUUCAUGCUCGGCUUCCCAGUAAGGAGCAUCACUCACACCGCUGCGCACACGCACGCAAGCUGCUGACACACUCGUACGUAUUUGUAUGUUUGUGUGUGUGUGCGUUAGAUCAAGCUCCGUUCGGACGGCCUGUUCCAGAUCCAGUGGCGCCUGUUCCGCUUCGGCGUCAUCAUGCUCCAGUUCGCCACCACAUUCCACCUCGUCUCCACUGCCGUCCUGGUAACCACAGUCUCACACACACAACACAACCCCCUCAUAGACACAGACACACACGCAUACACGCCCACAUGUGCACGUGUGUGGUCUGUCCGUCCGUCCGUCGACCAGCUGAGCGCCUGGAUCGCUGGUUCGUUCUACGCGAACGGCCCCGAGGCGACCCGCCUGGCGUUUCUGCAGAGCGGCGUGCUGACGAUGAUGGAGACCAUCGGUGCGCAGCUGACGAUCGUGUACGCCUUCCUCUACGGCCCGGCCUACCUGCUGCUCGAGUACUACCACAGGGAGGAGUGCAGCGGCGGAUACUGCGUCUCCUGGACUCUCGGCGUCACCUGGCCUCUCGUAGGCCUCUUCGGUGAGGGGGCGGGGGUGGGGGUGGGGGUGUGUGUGUGGAUGGGGGGGGAUGGUGUUGUGUGUGACAUGUGUGUGACGUGUGUGUGUAUGUGAUGUGUGUGUGGUACAGGUCUGAUCAUCAACUUCCUGCACAGCGUGCUCAACAACGAUGUGGCGCUGAUUGUGACCGGUUCCCUCUACACGGUCCUCUACCUCACCGCCAUCAUCUGCCAGACCAUCUUCGCCUUCAACUACGGUAUGCUAUGCACACCUCCAUUGCACGCUUGUGGGCAGGGUGGGGUAUUCACACACACAUACGCCACGCCCAUCCCUCUCUGUCUGUCUGUCUGGGUGUGUGCAGAGGUUCCAGCCAACUACUACAUGUCCAAGGAUUCCCCGGAGGAGCAGCUCGAGGUGACCAACCUGACUGAAUGCCCUCGUCCUUACCCACAUCCAUCCAUCCAUCCAUCCACCAUGGCUCCUCUCAUUGUGCUGGUGUGUUGGUGUGGUCGUGUGUGGUGUGCAGGCUGCUGGUGCUGCCGACGCCGCUAAGCGCGGUUUCGGUGCCAAGUUGCUGGCUGGCCAAGGUGGCGCGCAGGUGUCGACCAGCCCCUUCUACGCCACCUACCCCUACCCUGCGGGCGCCGGCACCGCCGGAUACUCCUACGAAAUGUACGCUGCCUGCCACAGACACACACAACACAUGCACACCACAGCAUCACAUCACACCACUUGUGAGUUGAGUUGUUUUCCUCUCUCUCUGUGUGUGUGCAGGGUGGCCCAGCAGCCCCCCGCUGCGCGCUCCGUGCCGACUCAGGCGCAGGGCGGCACGACCACGGCUGCUGCCGUCUAGAUCAACACACCACACCACACACCACACCACACACCACACACCACACACCACACACACAGACAGACUGCAUACGUACCGUACACCCCAGGGUAUGUAAUCAUGUGUGUACAGGGAGGGAGAGAGAAGCGCGUGUGCGUGCGUGUGCGCGGUUUAGUGCCAGUGGUCUGGAUGGAUGGAUGCCUCCUGUCUGGAUGCCAAUCUGUCUGCCUGUCUGUCUGCCUGCCUGCCUGGAUGGCUGGAUGGAUGGAUGGAUGUGCUGCUGUGGUUUGUCCUUGUGUCGUGGGUUGGUUCGUAUGUGCAUAGCGAGUGGGUGGGUGUGGAGGGUCUAAUGGCAUCGUCUGAUAUGCCGUGAUCGAUGGAUGGAUGGAUGGCCAGGCAGGCAGGCACUUUCCGAUAGCCGCUCUCGAGAUAUCGGUGCACCAACACACAACACAACAGUUGAGAGCAGACAGACAUAGCGCCCGGUUUUCCAGUGCUCGGGCGAUGCGCAGGCAGGCAGGCAACACUCCCUCUCUCUCUCACCCCCUCUCUCCCCCUGAGCCUUGUGGAUACUCCCAACUAAUCGAGCCUGCGGAUGCUAGCAAACCAGAUAGCAAAUGAAAUGCGUAGAUGGCUGGCUGAGUGUGCGACGGUCACGUGCUGCGUGUACAGAGGGAUGGAUGGAUGGGUGGAUGAACAAGCAAGGCAAGUGACUGGCUGGCCGGUUUUCGUUCCGUUCCGUCGGGCGGUGUGUGUUGUGUUGCGACGUUCCUUUUAUCUACACGGCUUUUCUUUUCGUGUGCUGUGAUGGUCUGUGUGUCGUGACUGGAGGGAGCACUGCAGCUGCGUUGCCAGGCGCUUCGUGAUCCUUCUGUGGCAUUGCACUCCAAUGCCACAGAAGGCUCGCAGCGCGUCAGGUAAUGCCGCUGCGGUGCCUACACACACGACGCGGCAAACAAAUGUGAUAAUGCAUGGCAUGGAUGGGCACGCACACCCACCGCUCCCCCAUCCCCUCCCCCUCUGUAUACACACCGAUGGUUGGAUGGAUGUGUGGACGUCCGGGUGUCCGCGGCUGGAUGUGAUGUGUGGGAAGGAGACUCACGCGGGGCGGGACAGAGACAUUCGAAUGAAAAGGAAUCGGAUCGAA